AUGACGGUAACCAGUCUGAUCAUGCAAAACAGACGGAGCAAAGCCUCUGGAAAACCUCCUCUACGGUUACCCAUCAUCGCUCCAAAGGAAGAUCUUUUUGACGCCUUUGCCAAGUCCGAAAAGACCAUCGCUCCACCGCGCAUCCGCUUGCCUCCGCGAUCUCGUACCGGGUGUUGGACAUGCCGAUCAAAUGUGAUGAAGGACACCCGCAAUCAAUGUACUCGUCUAGGCCAUACUUGCGAUUAUCGUCCACGUUUGGCUUUUCGUGAUGAUACCCCUCGUAUCAUGGGCCGUAUGGCCGAUGUGAAGACCAACGGCCAUGUCGUUUGGGAUCUUACCUCCCCGGGUUCCAGUGAUGAGAGGACCGAUUAUUUCUCUCUCGGGGAUUCACUUCCGCCCUUUUCCAUGCUCACUUCGGAUGAAGAGCGAGAAAGGAAAGCAGAAGCGUUUAGUCCAGGCACGUACCAUGUCGUGAUGACACCAGACAGUUUCUCCUCUCUGCCGGAAUAUGCAGACGAUACAAUUGAGAAACCUAAAUCAAAUCCUAGCGAGUGUAGGAGUGCGACCAAUAGUCCCACAAUCACGGCCAAGCCCGACUGCAGUGUGGAAGAAGAUCCCAAUGUGGUGAUUUUGAAGACUUUUGAAGAUGCGACUCGUCGCUCGCCGUCUAGUGGGAAGAUCAGGAUCUCUCCAACAUCGGAGAUCUCCGAUCCUUUCUGCAAUUUGUCUCUCUCGCCAAAGUUCACUUCUCUUCCUUCGCCGAAUGUGAAGGUAGAGGAGAUGACUCUGCUACCACGUCUUGACCAGCAAACUCAGGAUUCUACCGUCUUUGCCCAUUUCCGUCAUGUCGUAUGGAGGCAAUUGUUCCCUCAUGACCAUAGGCUGGAUGAUUCGUCUGGAUCGGAUAGUCAUAGUCACUUUACGACUCUCAGCAUGGGCUUCCUAGAGCAGGAAGCUGCUCGUUUUCCUCCUCUUUCUCACGCUAUGAUGGCUGUAUCGGCCCUUAGUCUCUCGCACAGCGGCACAGGUCACAAUAUCGAUGCGCUACAAUAUUAUUAUCAAGCUUUUCCCUCCCUCCAGGUCAGCAUACGGAACAACGAUGAUCUUGUUUCCGAUGGACUAUUCCUUACUCACUUCCUGCUUUUGAUCUAUGAGAUUGCAGCUGCCGAGCCACACGGUUCAAACCUCUGGUCUCACCAUAUCUCUAAUCUCCUUCAUAUCGCCUGUCUUCGACGGGAGAAGUAUGGCCACGAACCACACCCAUUUAUCCUCUGGUGGGUGUGCCACAUUGACUUGUACGCCCUGUUCAGCGGAGCAGGCACGGGAGAGUUUGUAGCAAAGGUCAUCGAGCAGCAGAUGCUCCCUGGCUCUGAAUGUCUUCUCUAUCCUUCUGCCCCAGAGGGCUACAGUUUGAUUUACUCCGACGAGCAUGAGAGUUUACCGGUGAUUAUGCGCCUGUACCACGAUACAUUCCGACUGGCCGCGCAACUGGGCUUCUUGGCUGCUAAGCUUCGUCACGAUAAACAGACUCUGCCCUUUGCAGAGUUCGACCCGAGAUCACAGGAAGUAAGCGAUCUGCGUCAGGCUUUCGGGAGACUGUGGGAAUCUCCCGAUGUUGCCUUCCUGCAUCAACAUCAGGAUAACCUCCCGCGGCGGUCUCGGGAGAUCAUGCAGCAGUCCGCUACCCUGUACCAUGUUUGUCAACUCUUCUCCUACAGCAGCAUGUGGCCUGGACAGCGUAUGGAAUCGGAAUUCCCACCCGACAGAGAGAUUGAUCACCACGCAACAGAGAUCCUGCGUCUAGCUGAGCAAACGACACAUACUCGUCGAGCCGAUCGACACUUCAUAGUUUUCCCCUUAUUCCUAGCAGGUGCUACGGCAUCGGCUAGUGGAUUGAAGAUGAUGGCGAUGGAAUUAAUGGCUAGCAUGGAAGAUGAGGAAGAUGGCAUGGGACGCAAUGCAGCCACAACUCGUGCUAUCCUGCAGAUUGUCUAUGAGCGACAAUUAGAACGACUCAGGGCCAAGGCAACUGUGAUAUCUCAUCACCUGCGGGGUCGGCGCUUCGCCUACUUGGCGGCUACAACUUCCAGCCGCAAUUUCUCAAGGAUGAGUGCUGGUAGUAGCCGUGCCCUCCAUCCCGAGGAGCUUUUUCUCGGCCCCAGACAAGAAUCACCCACUAUCGGCCCUCUACGUAUCAACAAACGGGACUCAUCAUCCCCAGCAUCGGCCGCGGGCUCCAGCCCCCCACCAAACGCCCCGCUCCCAUACCCGGAUGACCGUCAACGUCCGCAAAUGCGCACCUCAAGUUCCAAUGACCGCUAUCACGACAAUAUUAGAUAUGGGUCUCCGCCAGCUGGUCCUGGCUCCGGCUCCGUGAGUCCAAAUGAAUACCCAACAGCGCUACGGCCGCGGGACGGCCGCGAGCCCCGAGUCGCAACACUGGCUGAAAGAAGAGGUGCUGCCCCUAAACCGCUUCCCGAAUCUCCUAGCUACGAUGCGCCAGAUCGCGAAGCUAUAGCGGCCAGACAGUAUCCUCGACCGCCGGCAAGUCAACCACCAGGCCCACCAGAGCCACCAGCAAAUACAAGUCAAUAUGAUUAUCGUCAACAAUACUACCCGCCCCCUCAACGCCAAAGCUCAACCUCUGCUGCCCGUCCCCCGUCAAGUCUACAAGCCCCACAAGGCCCGCUCAAUCGCAUCAGUUCCACUUCGACAACGCGCGCACAGCGUGGCUCGCCCCCGCCCCCGGAGACACCAGUCGUUGGGCCAGGCCAGAGCCCCGCCUCCGAUAUCGAGGCCCGCUAUGCCGCUGCCGGUAUCGCUGGUACCGGGACCCUUCAGGGUAUCCAGUCGCAUAACGUGGCUGCGCAGAGGAGAGCGGAACAGUAUUCUGGACACCAGCCGGUUUUCCAGCAGCAGCAGCGUCCGUGGACACCGACUGAGCAACCUGGUUCGCAGCCUCAUGGCCCUCCGACGGUUUAUCAGGGUGAUGAGGUCGUUACGGAUAAUCAGCCAGCUGCUGUGCAUCCUGGUCAAUAUGGUAGUCCGCCUCCCCAGGUUCAUCCGGGUCAAUACAGCAGCCCGGCGCCCCAGGCUCAUCCGGGUCAGUAUAAUACCCCGCCACCCCAGGCCCAUCCGGGUCAAUACAGCAGCCCGCCACCUCAGUCUCAUCCUGGCCAGUACAGUGGAUCCCCAUCCCAAAUGCACCCUGCAGCUGGGCUACAGCAGCAAGAACAGCCAGGAAGAGUUGCCCCUAACGCCCUGGAACAAGACAUGGACCGGUUGCGCCUCAGCUCCUCUCCUCCUCCUGCCUACUCGAGCGUGUCUGGUCCAUCUGCUUCCAAUGGAUAUCCAAAUGAAAAGCACAGCGGAGCGGCAGCGGCAGCACCAGCACCAGCAGCUACUGCUGCAGCUGGAGCCGCAAUGAUGCACCCUGCCUUGGCUAGUCAACCCAAUUCUGCUGUAAAAGCACAUUCACCUGCACAGACAGCCUCCCCGCAGGACCACCCCGCAUUCCGGAAUGACCAGAGGCAGCAGCAGCAAACAGGACAAUCCCCGCAGACGUCUGUCGCUAAUGACUUGUCCGGUUUCCAUCACCAGACAGUCCAGGUGACUUCUCCAGGCCCCUCUAGCGCAGGUCCGGCUUCUCCACCACCUCUUCCGGAGGGGUGGAUUGCGCACAUGGAUCCAAGCUCAGGACAAUAUUACUACAUCCACUUGCCCACACAAUCAACUCAGUGGGAGUUCCCGAAAGGACCUACGCCGCUUAACCUCAACGACACACCGUUGUCCCCAGUGGCAAGUGUGUAUAGCGCCCACCCACUAGCUUCACCGGGUCUCUCGGCUUUCGGCAAGCCUCUCGCAUCGCCGGGUGUGCCUUUGACCCCUGGUUUUGAAAGCCUACAGUCUCCCAUAGUGACUGGAUUCUCUGGGCCUCCCCCGAGUACUGGCAUGGAUCUGUACAAGAACGUUCCGACCAACGGUGUCUACUUUGGUCCUUAUCUGCGUUACACCAACAUGGAUCUCGAGCGUGGAGUCUGGUUGGGAUCUAUCCUGCUUGUGACAGAUGCCGCCCAGCCACCCACAAUCCACAUGCACCAGAGUCUGGACCUGUCCCCAAACCCGAGACAAUUGAAGGCAGUCAACAUUGCCGCCCAUCAACGCUGGACUUUCUACAAGUAUGAGAUUGACCUACAGAUGGAUGAUGCGGGUCCUGCAAAAUGGACCUACGCCAUCACCUCACACCUUGGCUGUACUCGUUACGAGUUCCUCGUCGCUGGUCGACACGAGACAAACUGGCGCUUUAUUGCUACCUCUGGAAAUGACUUCUCACUUAAUGUCAACGCUAGUGAGCGGGCUCGUGUGGGUGGUGUUGGCUAUAUGUGGAAAGAUAUCAUGCAAAAACACAAUGAGAUUGGUGGCUUCCACGCCCAGUUAUGUCUUGGUGGUCAGAUCUAUGCGGAUCGCAUGUGGAAAGAGAUUCCGUCUCUCAAGCAGUGGUUAACUAUCAGCGGAAAGGAAGCAAGAAAGAACGCUCCUUGGACAGCGGCGAACGAGCAGGAUGUUUCAUAUGCAUACUUCCACUACUACACUAGCCAUUUCGAUCAACCCCAUAUAAGGGAGUCAUUUGCGCAGAUUCCUUAUGUCUGCCAGAUUGAUGAUCAUGACAUCUUCGACGGAUUCGGCUCAUAUCCCGAGCACAUGCAGUUCUCAAACAUGUUCAAGAACAUAGGCCGCAUUGGAAUCGAAAUGUACCUCCUCUUCCAGCAUCACACAACCCUCGACAUCCUCCGAAACGUCAGCAACGAUAUGGACCUCUUCACUAUCACCGGCACAGGCUGGCACUUCGUUAAAUACCUAGGUCCCGGUGUCGUCGUCGUCGGUCCAGAUUGUCGCUCAGAACGAAACCCUCACCAAGUCAUGGCCGGUCCAACCUACCAGGGUCUCUUCCCAAAGAUUGCAAUGCUACCACCCAGUGUGCAACACUGUCUCUGGAUGGUCGCCGUGCCACUCAUCUACCCCCGUCUAGAAACAGCAGAACAUAUUGUGCAGACCGUCGCAACCGGAAAGCGAGCCGUGACUGGCGCAUACAACGUGCUAGGCAAAGUAACCAGCUCAGUAGCCGGAGUCGUCGGCGCGAAAGACUUUGUCGGCUCAGGCUUCGACUCAGUGAAGCGAGCCGUCGGAAAAUCAGGACUAAUGGGCGGUAUACUAAGUCCAUUUGGUGAAUUCAGCUCUAUGGACGAGCUACGCGAUCAAUGGACACACGAGUCGAAGGAUCUCGAACGCACAUAUCUCAUCCGCACACUCCAAGGCAUCGCCCACCAAAAAUCAAUCCGAAUGACCUUCCUCUCCGGCGCCGUCAAUGUCUGCGGCGCUGGUCUCGUCCACGACCCCUCAAGCCCUUCAGACCACAAGACAAUGUACCAACUCAUCGCCUCCUCCGUCGUCAACACCCCGCCUCCCUCAUACAUCAUCAAGCUCCUACACAGCCACAGUAAACCCCUCUACGUCCCCGCCAACGGCCACAGAUCCUCCGCCCAGGUGAGCGAUACUAAGGAAGAUAUGAUGGAGAUCUUCCAGACAGAUGUCAACGGCCAGGCUCGUGAGUAUCGAAAGCUCAUGGCGCGAAGGAACUACGUCGCUAUCGUGGCAUAUGACCCUGAGGCAGUUAAUGCUUCUUACGGUAUGUCGGCCGGUGUUAGUAAAUUGAGUCUCGCGGCGGACUUUAUGGUUCAGGGUGAUGGAGCACUUGGGAAUGUGGUCAAAUUUGGACCAGUUAUUGUGCCAUGUUUGGAUCAGGGGAGGUGA